AUGGGCUUCCCAUUUACGCUCGCUAAAAGACCACUGUCGGGUCUUCAGAUAUCGAAACGACCCGUUAUAUGCGACACCCACAUAAUUCCUUACGAAGCAAGUCUCUUAGCUGUCCAGGCAUCCGAAACACUCAAAAGUGCGGAGAAACUUGGGGAAGGCCUUCUUGCUGGAAUCAUUGACAUUUUUGAGAGAUACAAUGCUCUGGUUUGCAAGUACUUGAGCGAGAGCUCGAUGAGUGAAACAAAAGAUGCAAUACCCAUCACAGCUCAAUGGGAUGUUUAG